UAUGCAAAUUGCACUCUCCAAAGAUAUAUGGAUAAGCAUAAAAUCAAAGCUGAUACUCGUUCAUUUUCAUUGCUGCAACGUCUUCUCACAAUGGACCCAAUCAAGCGAGUUACCGCACAAGAUGCUAUGGAUGAUCCAUAUUUCAAGGAAGAUCCACGACCAACCGCCGAUGUCUUCAGUGGUUGCGAUAUUCCAUAUCCCAAACGUGAGUUCCUCUCUGAUGAAAAUGAUGAUAAGAGUGCUUCGGCGUCGAAGCCACAACAAGUACAGCCACCGCAGCAAAGUCAGCAACAGGCUAGUUUUUAUAGAUUCACAUUUAUUCCAGUAAGACUUUAG